UUACUAACAUCAUGCCACCAGUUCUGGAGAGUGAUAUGCAUAGCAGGGAAUAUCUUGCGGAACAGAAACGCAAGGGUGAGGCGUAUUUGAAGGAAAGGGACGCAAGGAUUGCAGAACGCAAGGCUGCGGAGCGGCAGACUCUUAAAGACAUACAAAGCUUAGCUCGUAGCCUUGUAUACCCUAGUGCCUCUAAUGCGCAACCGACACAAAAUACACGAGGUGCUGAUGAUCGCAGUGACUCAGAGUAUGAACCAGAUGCUGAAGAGGAGGCCCAUGCAGAGGAAGAGGAUUUGAGAGAUGAAGAGGAGGUCGUUGUUGCUAAGUCCAAAGCAAUGGCACCUGAAGGUUCUACCAUGCCAAAAACGAAAAAGCGUGUCAGAUCCAAAAAUAGUGCAGCUGCUACCUCAAGAAUAACAAGAUCUAGAGCUACCGCAACAACUGAGUCAAUUGAAGCUACAAACCAUCAAGAACAGUCUGCACCAAAUCCAACAAACACAUCACCUCACCUAACUUCUAAGGAUAGCAACUCACUUGACGCUGAUUCAGGGGUACAAGGUUCUCAAGACAUGAUAGGCACAUCUGGACAAUCUGAUAACAUUAUUACAUUACAAGGCCAAGAUGCAUUAGCAUGCUCCACUGGUCCAACUGAUCCACGACCGUCAAGGAGAGGUCGUGGACGUAGACCAACGAUGGGGCAUGGGCUUCAGGAGUAUGCAAGCAGAAAUGGAGGGAGGAAAAUGCGUAUUGAUUUUACAGCAGGGAAAGUGAGACCUAUAGACCCAGUCCAAGCAGCAAAGCUUUCUUCUGAGUGUGGUAUCCACAUCAGGAGCAGAAUGCAUGUUGCUAGGCACUGGAACGACUAUGCCAAAAGCCCACUCAAACAUGUUAUUCCCCAUGCUAUUAAAGAUAUCGCGGAUGACAAGGUUGGGAAUGAUGUAUGCACAAAAGUAAUCCAGAAGGGUGUUCAACAACAAAGCUACAGGCUAAAGAAGAAAUACUUCAAUGGUUAUACUGCUCAGGAAGCAUUAUCAAAUAAGCCAGCGAACAUUACUCAUGAGAAUUGGACCAGCCUUGUCAAUAAAUGGUCCGAUGAGAGAAACAAGAAAAUAUGUCAAAUGAACAAGGAAAACCGAGAAGCUGUCAAGCAUCACCAAAAGACUGGAUCUAUGUCUUAUGUUGCCUAUUUCAGCAAACUUAAAAAAGACAAGUACAAUAAUCAGGACCCAAGUCCUAUUGAGUUUUUCAAAGACACCCAUAUAAACAGCAAGACUGGUAGCAUGAGCGAGCCGGCACUUCUAGCUCAUAAUGCAAUGGAAAAUAAAAGAGAAGCACAAUCAAAAGGUGAGCAGCCAGUAUCCGAUAGAGCGAUUGUGGCUGAAGUUCUAAAGGAAGAAAGCGCCCAUAGCAGCUUCCUUUCCAGCAUGGGGUAUGCAUCAAGAUCCAGGAGGUCUGGGAGCUCUACUUCACCAUCCCAGAUCCGAGUUUUAGAAGAAAGAAUUGAACAGAAGGAUAGAGAGGCAAAAGAUGCAAAUGAUAGGCAUCGGGAGGAGUUAGCCACAAGACUUCAAGCACAAGAGAGAGCAUUUCAAGAGACACAGAAGAAUCAGCAAGAAGAAUUGGAAGCUCUAAAGAAGAGCCAGCAAGAGAAAAAUGAAGCCUGGGCAAAGAAGCAAAAGGAGACGGAUAAUCUGCUUGAUUUUCUCUUGAGGGCUCAAGCAACUCAGCAAGCAACUCAGCAGUCCCAGUCUAAACCAGAUGGUUCAUGAAUGCCAUCCUUACAUUGGAAUCAUCAGGAGAACAUAUGUGGUCUUUAGUUAAUAUUAGUUUUCAUCUUGUCUAUUGUC